AUGGCGGACGUGAUGGCUGCUCCACAACCUCAGCAAGAUGCGAGCGCCAAAAUGCCACCGCCCUCAGCACCCUCCACGCCUGGUCCACACCACCACGCGGCGCGCCGACCGCCGCGAAAGAGCACCCUCACCCAGCAGCAGAAGAAUCAAAAGAGGCAACGCGCCACGCAGGAUCAACUUUUGUUGCUGGAGGUCGAGUUCAACAAGAACCCUACACCUACUGCAAUGGUGAGAGAGAAGAUUGCGCAGGACAUCAAUAUGACGGAACGAUCUGUUCAGAUUUGGUUUCAGAAUAGACGCGCCAAAAUCAAGAACAUUGCGAAGCGAAGUAUCGAAAGCGGUGAGGACUGCGACAGCAUCCCGGAGUCGAUGCGACAGUAUCUGGCGAUGCAGCAGUAUGGAGCUGGCAAAAGUCUUGGUGCUAGCAUGCUUGGACGACACGGCCAGGGAAUAGUGCCCUACGGAAGUGGCAUGCUGGCCAUGAACGGUGAGAGUGCCAGCGGCAAAGUCGUGAUCCAACACUUUGCUUGUCGGUCUCUGUCCAUUGGCACCUGGAGAAGGGUCGGACAGAGCACAAUGGACCUGGUCAUCUUCUACUCGCCGGACAAGGCUUGCAUCACUUACUACAUCAACAACGAUUCGGCUGGAUACAAGAUCGAGUAUCCUUUCGCAUGGAUCAAGAACAUCUCAUUGGAGCAGGGCGACGUGCUGGCACCUGCGGAAGGUGCUUCACAUAGGACUGGUGGACUUCUGAUCGAGCUCAACCGGCCGCCCAAGUUCUACAUGGACAGCUCGGGCAGUGGAGGAUUCUAUGAGUGUGGCGACUUCACAGAAGACCAACAGGCUACCCAUGUGAUGGUGCACCACCUCGGCGGACCAUCAAAGGUUCUUAGCGGUCAGCUCGCAAAGCUGGUCUCGCUCGAGGCCUACCAGAACCGCCACAACUUCUUCGAUCCGAAUACCUUCGCCGUUUCUGCGCCUGUCUCGCCCGUCGGCCAUCGCCCACAGAGCCAGCCCAACCACAUGAUGCACCCACACAACCCAAUGGGCCUCUUCCCUCCAGACCACAAUGCGCCUGGCAUGAUGGGCCCGCCUGGGCCCCGAGGUCACAAGCGCCAGCGCAGUCGAUCUGUACCGGUGGCGAUGGACUUUUCGAUGCUGCGGAAUCCGAUGCCAUCCUUCUUGAUCCAGCCUGAUGGUCAACCCACGCCUGCGCCAAUGCAUGAUGCCAACAUUUUCGCGCCUCAACCCCAGCAUCAACAUAUGAACGGCUUUGCGCAAGGUCCAAUUGGGCCCAAUCUCAGCAUUGAUACGUCGGCUGGCUUCCCUGGUUACCAGUUUGGUGGUCCAGUUUCGGCAACAACAGCGAACUCUCCUAGCGAGUAUGGUACACCGGCUUUCUUCACGUCCGCGCCACCUGGGGAUGGAAUGAAUCAAACUCAUCAAUUCGGCACGCCAUUCCACCCUGGCUUCCUCGCUGUUGACGCUGGAUCGAUGAUUGGCACGUCGAAUACACCUUUGUCGAUGCACAGUCAUGGCGACCCAGUGAUUGCUGACCACUCACCACCAUUGAACGGUGUUGGUCGCAGUCACAGCGCUGAUAUCUUCGGAACACCUGGCGAGAGCUCCCACUUCGGCGACGACAGCAUCUACUUGUCGGAGUCAUUCAACAAGCAAAUGCAGCUUCCCUUCCGAAGCCCGUUGCCUGACGAGUCCUUUCACUCACCUAUGCCGGAUGGAUCCUUCAGCUUUCAGUCGCCGACACAUUCUGGACCAGACAUGAGCGGCCAGCAGCACCCGAUGUCAUACCACUCGCCUCAGCAGCAAAUGCAUCAGGACAGCGGUGUGUCCUUCUCGACACCUUCCCAGGACGCAGGUCAGAUGUACCACAGUCCAAAGGAAAACGGCAUGGUCUACCAAGACGGAAAGGUCUACUCCAGCCCGGGCCAGAUGCAUCAGAUACCACAUGAGCAGCCCGGCUACCAGCAGAGUCCGCUAGGCAACGCCACCUCUCGUGAAGAGAUGGACAUGCAAAGCUUUGGCAUGUACGGCACCAUCGAUCCGAACAAUCUGGGCCAGCCUCAUCAGCACUAG